GUGUGUGUGCGUGCGUGCGCGCGCCCGUUCCCCGUCGAGUUCCGCGACGCGCCGAACGAAAGAGAAAGUGAAAGUCUUAAAUCGCUUAUUCACCCUCGACGAAGUUCUCCGCGCGUUUGAGCUGCUAAACUCCGUCAGCGUGUUUGUUCAGCAUGUCUCGAGGCUCGAACGCGGGGUUUGAUCGACACAUCACUAUAUUCUCACCGGAGGGCCGUCUGUAUCAAGUCGAAUAUGCCUUCAAAGCCAUCGGUCAGAGCGGCCUGACCACGGUGGGCAUCAGAGGGACGGACUGCGCCGUGCUGCUCACACAGAAGAAAGUGUCGGACUCGCUCCUGGAUGCGUCGACAGUGACAAACAUGUUCCGUCUCACUCCGCGGAUCGGAUGUGUCAUGACCGGACAUUACGCUGACAGCCGGUCUCAGGUUCAUCGGGCUCGCAUCGAGGCGGCCGAGUGGAAGUAUAAGUUCGGUUAUGACAUCACAGUGGACAUGCUGUGCCGGCGCAUGGCGGACAUCUCUCAGGUUUACACACAGAACGCAGAGAUGAGGCCGCUGGGCUGCUGUAUGAUGCUGAUCUCUAUGGACCCUCAGAUGGGCCCCAUGCUGUAUAAAUGUGACCCGGCCGGGUAUUUCUGCGGCUUCAGGGCGACCAGCGUCGGGGCCAAACACCACGAGGCCAGCAGCUACCUGGAGAAGAAGCUGAAGAAGCAGCCGGAUCUGCCCUACGACAGGACCGUGGAGAUGGCGAUCUCGUGUUUGUCUUCUGUGCUCUCAAUGGACUUCAAAAGCACUGAGCUGGAAGUGUCUGUGGUGACCAAAGAAAACCCGAAAUUCAGGACUCUGUCAGAAGCAGAAAUCGAGCGUCAUCUGGUGGCGAUCACAGAGAGAGAGUAACUCUCAUUCUCAUUUAAGACUGUCAGCUGUUUACUAUGUUUUUACAGUCCUGAAAGCAUCCGUCACUGAAGCGUUUGCUCAUCCUCAGCUUGUGUUUUCUAGUUUGACUGUAUGCACACAGUCCACUCAUAUUCUAAUAAAUCAAUUUUUUCAGUCUGAA